CCUCCGCUACCUUUAAUAGAUUCUGAGCCACCCAAUAUCCAGAUUUGACUGUGUAUUGACCAUUUCUUGUAAAGUCCCAGCAGAAGGUAUCACGACGAUGAGUUGAACUUAUUGUCAAAUUCCUUAUGAAUGGUAUAUCCUCAGGAUGAACAUAAUUCUCCAAUUGUUAUAAGAGUUACAAGAUGUUUUUUUUAGAUUUGCAUAUUGGAUGAGAACAUAAAGAUUAAAUAUUAUAUCUCUAACUCCCGAUCUGAUAUCGAUAAGCAAACAUGAUAACAUCGGUAUCAUAAAGUCAAACAUUCGAAUAUCACAUUUACAUCUCAACCUCUCUCUGGUCCAGAUUAUUUUCGGCGUCUUCGAGAACAUCCACACAUUACCAAACCGUAUCAAAUCAAAUUUAUUAUCAAACAACAAAGUCACAGGUUGGUUGUAGAACACUGGCAAGAAUUAUUUGGGUAGGUUUUAAAAAAGGCAGUAUGAAUGAAUAUAAAUAUAUUUUAUGAUUAGAUUAUGCAGUGCAUUAAUAAGAAGACAUAAAAGAAGUGAACGCGUAGCCGAAAUUAUAGAUGAAAGAAGUCAAAACAUGGUAAAACAUAUUUUUACUAAUCACACAAAAGACCUGGUCACACACACGUCCGCGUUACGUAAAUGAGAAAUUAACCUAGUCUAGGCCCCCGCGUCAAAGGCGACCCAAAGCAGCCACGCUUUUGACAUUGGACCUCAUCUCACGAAAAAAAGUUUUAUUUUUAUUUUUAUUUUUAUUUUUUUCUUUUCUUUUUGGAAAAAGAGAAAUCAUAAAUGUGUAAAAUCAUGAAAAUGGUAGUCAUGUUCAUCGAACCAUUCAACACGUUUCUUGGUUGUCAAAAUCGUCAAGAACCUUGUGACUUGCUAGAAGCUGCGGUCCGGUAAAGAAGCGCCGGGGAUGUCUUUCCUUUUCCGGAAGAACGGGAGUAGUUCACGGAGGCGAAUCAAAGACAAACUAAGAGGUCGGAACUCAGAUCGCGGGAAGAGAGGAGAAGAAGAAGAAGAGAGAGUCAGAUACGACUCGGUACCUGCACCGCCUUCUCCGUGGGGGUUUCUGUUCCCGGAGGAUUUCGAGCGAAUAGAUGGUAAUCUAAAGGCAGUUAUUGUAGAUGAAGAAGGCUUAGACGUGAUUUACUGGAAGAAGCUUCUCGAGCUUGAAACUAGCGGGAAAACUCCUAAACCUAGGAGACGAGGUAAACCAGAUGGUGGAUCUAGAAGAACUGGGGCAGAUGAAGAAGAAGAAGAAGAAGAAGGAGGAUCGGGCACUAAUCGGAAGGGAGAUGAAUCGAUUGAAGAGGCGUUUUCGUUUCAUGUGAAGAAGAACAAGUCUCCUUUAUCUUCAGGUGGAGAAGUUCGAGAUCUGAGUAAGAGUGUUGAAGAAGGAGGAGGAGGAGGGAGAUACUCCUACACUUCUUCUUCUUCGCCUUCACGGCCUUCUUCUUCUUCUACAGGCGGAUUUAGUGAUUAUGGAAAGCAAUCUCAGUCCAAAUUUCAAGCUCCUGGCGGCGGCGGCGGUGGUGGUAGCGGUCGUUAUCCGCCACUCCCGCUUCCUCCGGGUCAAUUAGGGCUGGCUACUGCCUCGUCUUCGACUAUGCCACCGCCCCUUACAGUCAAUCACGGCUCAUUUCCCACUGGUGGUAGCGGUCUUUCCCCUGCAAUUCCCCUUCCUCCGGGUCAAUUCCCGGCACCAAUUGGGUCUUCCUCUACAUCUCCGCUGCCUCUUACAGUCAACCAAACCGUACCACAUGUUCAAGCUAACCAACCUCCACCGCCUCCUGGGGCACCACCUCCGCCUCCACCACCUAUACCGGCUAAGAAAGCACCUCCACCUCCUCCUCCUCCCGCUAAGAAGGCACCUCCACCUCCUCCUCCUCCCGGUAAGAAGGCACCUGGGCCCCCGCCACCGCCUCCAAUGUCCAAAACUGGGCCACCUAAACCACCAGGUAAUGGGAAAGGACCGACGAAGGCAGCUGAGAGUUCUUCUGCCUUGACCAAAGAUGAUCCAGCGCAGCCGAAGCUCAAGCCUUUACAUUGGGAUAAGGUUAAUCCUGAUGCAAGUCACUCAAUGGUUUGGCAUAGGAUCGAUGGUGGCUCUUUCAACUUUGAUGGUGACCUCAUGGAGGCUCUCUUUGGAUACGUUGGCGCUCGAAAGCCUGGUGAAGCUAACACUGUACCCCAGAAACCGACUGUGUCAACCACCCAGACUUACAUUCUUGAUCCUAGGAAAUCUCAGAACAAAGCAAUUGUGCUUAAAUCUUUGGGAAUGACUAAGGAAGAGAUCAUUGACUUGUUAACAGAAGGCCAUGAUGCUGAUACUGAUACCCUUGAGAAGCUUUCCGGAAUAGCUCCAACGCCAGAAGAACAGACAGAGAUCAUAGAGUUCAGUGGCGACCCUACGAAACUUGCUGAUGCAGAAUCUCUACUCUUUCACAUCUUACGAGCAGUUCCUUCAGCGUUUAACAGGUUCAACGUCAUGCUCUUCAAGAUCAACUACGGCUCAGAGGUUUCUCAACAGAAGGGCUCUUUACAGACACUUGAAUCUGCAUGCAACGAGUUACGUGCUCGUGGGCUUUUCAUGAAACUUCUAGAGGCAAUCUUGAAAGCAGGUAACAGAAUGAACGCUGGAACCGCUCGAGGAAAUGCUCAGGCUUUCAAUUUGACAGCUCUAAGAAAACUGUCAGAUGUGAAGAGUGUUGAUGGGAAAACUACUUUGCUUCACUUUGUUGUUGAAGAAGUUGUAAGAUCCGAGGGAAAACGAGCUGCGAUGAGUAAGAUCUCCGGUGGUGAUAUUGCAGAUGCAUCUAGAGAAGAACAAGAGAUUGAAUUCAUAAAGCUAGGUUUACCAAUUAUUGGUGGCCUUAGUUCAGAGUUCACCAAUGUGAAGAAAGCAGCAGGAAUCGACUAUGACUCUUUUCUAGCCACGACCUUGGCUUUAGGGACCAGGUUGAAAGAAACAAAAAGGCUAUUAGACCAAAGCAAAGGGAAAGAAGAUGGGUGUUUGACAAAGCUGAGAUCUUUCUUUGAAUCUGCAGAGGAAGAACUGAGAGUUAUUACAGAGGAACAGCUCAGGAUCAUGGACUUGGUGAAAAAAACAACGAAUUAUUACCAAGCUGGUGGUGCAUUGAAAGAGAGGAACCUGUUUCAGCUGUUUGUUAUAAUCCGUGAUUUCUUAGGGAUGGUUGAUACCGCAUGUAGUGAGAUCGCAAGGAUUCAACGGAAGCAGAGACCAGCAGCAACGGUGGCAGGAGCAUCGAGUUCAACAGCAGCAACAACACCGAGCGCUGCGGCACCACAAAGAAACGCUGUUAGAUUUCCGAUUCUGCCUCCAAAUUUCAUGUCAGAGCAUUCAAGGUACAGUUCAAGCGACUCAGACUCAGAUUCUUGAUAACAAAAAGAAAGAUUCUUUGCUUUUGUUAUAUGUAUAUACAUGUUAGGGAAGCUUGUUGGUUUCAAAAAUGAAAAAGAUUCUUUGGGUUAUUUGAAAAUGGUUCUUAUGAUUUUACUUGUUUUGUUGUUGAUUCUUUUUUUGGAAGACGAAGAUUAGUGACAAUUGGUCUUUGUAUGUAUUUCACUUUUAAAAACU